AUGGACAUCCCUCAUCGCGGUCUGAGGCCAUCUCUGGCCCUACCCGAAAUAUACGUCCACGAGUCGAACCCCGAGCACUUUCGAUCGUCAAGUAGAUCGAGCUCAUACAAUUCGACUUCCUCUCCCACGACUUCCUCUAUUCCAAUGUCAAUACCGCAUUCUAGGACAGACUUCGUACCCCCACCUCUUCCUCCGCCAACACAUUUAGCAGAUAUAGCUUCAGGAGGAAACAAUGGACCUGAUCUAGCCUGGAGGUUUGGGAACUCGCAUGGUUCUACGAGUGAUUGGGGGGGGUCUAUGUCCUCCGUUCCCCCCGGGUCGAGUCUCUACGGAAGCUUUGCAAGUAGGAAGGGCUUAAUGGACGACCGGCCCGACUAUUCUCGCCGCACAAGUUCUAAUUCGACAAUAAAAACUUCGGUGGGAGAGGGUCGUCAGGAGCACGCAUACCCCAAAGAUGAGGGCUAUUCGAGUCUUUCCGGGACGAGCAUUGGGUCAUACAGGUCCAAGUACCAAGAAUCUUCUUCGGCGAAAUCAGGUUUCCAGAGUCACGACAGAUUCCAAACAAAUGCACAGGCUUACGAUAAAUCUCUUUUACAAAAGCUGGACGCUCGAAGGGGGACAGAUGAUAAGUCACCUUCGCGGUGCUAUUCAAAAUCAGCUUUCAGCUCUUCGGCUAGUGACGCUUCACCCACAUCGCGCAUUGCUCUCGAGCAUAGACACCCCAGCCAGUUGAAGCCAUUGUCUUUGCCAAUCUUAACCAGCAGGCCUGGCUUCGUAGAAAGCCCUAUUGCCAUGUCUAGAUAUGGAGAAACUCCACUAUCGUCUGGUAUUUCUCCCGGAAACUCAUAUCCAAGAUUCGGGGUUCAGACUCAAUUUGAGUCCAAAUCGCCCAUUGACAGCGCGGAUUCCGACAGAUCUCAUCCAUUUAUUGGACGUUCUGGAAGCAGUUCUGUAAUGAGUGUUGGUGAUGAAGCUUCGAGUGUCACAAGCAAAUCCAGGGAGACUUAUGACCGUAGAAUAUCUCCAGAUCAUGAUGUAGACUUUCCUAUGGAAGAGACAGGGCUUAGGCGAUUGUAUAUUGACGAAUACUCUGGUCGAUCAGAUGCGACUACGGGUCAAAAACGACGUGCAUCGUCACCACCAGUAGAAGAUGUCCAAACAUUGCAUACAGCCGGCAGCGUAAGUGAUCUUUUCCGGCGGCGCGAGUCGGGAUCAAGAAGCUCCCCAACUCCACGAUAUCAUUCGAAUUCAGGGUCAGUCUCUUCUACGACAUCCGCCCCGCGGAACAACUCUUAUGCUUCUUCAACAUUAUCCAUUGCUGCGAGUAGCAUCACAAGUAUGAGCUCGUAUGGGCGACUUUCUCCAGGUGGGAUAUCUCCAGCAGCUUCAGACAUUCCGGACUCCCCUUAUGUCACGUCCCUGUCUUUAAAUCCAAGUCCACGCGCGUCUACAACUCAUCAGCGUCAAGUAUCAGACACUCGACCGCUUAUGACCUCGCGCAAACUAUCGGACAGUGUCAGCCAUGGAAAAUCCAACAACAUCCCAAAGAUUCAUGGCAUUUUCAUGUGUGAAUGCUGCCCGAAAAAGCCAAAGAAAUUUGAUUCUCAAGAAGAACUGAAUGCUCAUGAGCAAGAAAAGCAAUACGAAUGUGCUUAUUGCCGCAACCGUUUCAAGAAUAAGAACGAAGCAGAGCGUCACCAAAAUUCGUUGCAUUUGCGCCGCCAUUCCUGGUCUUGCGCUGCACUCUCGGGCUAUCCAGCCGCUUUUCACACAUCUCCAACUCGACCAAACGAGGCAGAUGCCUGUGGAUACUGUGGUGAGGAUUUCCCUCGCUCCGGUAUCUCUUCACCGCCCUCGGGUCCUCAGAUGGCUAUAGCAACAGACCAAGAUUGGGACAUCCGAAUUGCCCAUUUACAAGAGAUGCAUAAAUUUGGGGAAUGCAAUCAUGCCAAGAAGUUCUUCAGAGCGGAUCAUUUCAGGCAGCAUUUGAAACACAGCCACGCGGGUACCAGUGGCAAGUGGACAAACAUGUUAGAAAAUGCAUGUAUGAAAGAUGAACCUCUUCCAGAACCGAUCAGAGGCCCCGAAAGGGUGAGCCCUGGCGGGCCGAGAGUAGGGAUAAUUAGUGAGGAAGAGGAACUCCUGUGA